AUGCUUCCUAGAUGCCAUCCUUUCUACGACUUUAACCAUGACCCGCGUCUCGAAGAAAAUGGUGAGGAAGAGUUGCCACCUCCACCUCCACCGCCACCAUACAAUGAUGGAAUACACCCAAUCUUAGUACAAUUUAUAACUGAUGCCACUAGACACCUUGUUAAAGCAAUAUCACGAAUUCCACGACCUAACGAACGGGCCAAACCCAUAGGUUGUUCAUUACGUGAUUUUGCUAGCUAUCAUUUUCGAACUUUUGAAAGAACUGAAGGGUCGAACGCCGCUGAAGCACGGCACACAAACAUAAAUGUGUUGUUCAAUACUCUCGGCUGUACAGACGAACAUAAAGUUCGGUACAUCGCACUGCAGUUGAUGGGUGAAGCUGGGAGAUGGUGGAAUGCAAGGAAAGUGCUACUCGAGGACGAGACGGUGAUCACUUGGGAGAUGUUCAAAGUGGAAUACAACCAACGCUUUUUCCCUAGAGCUCAGAGAUUCAUGGAGUUAGUGAGGUUCGCAGCCAACCUCAUUCCUGAUAAAGAAUCAAAGGCUGGACGUUUCGAGAACGAGAGAGGAAUCCAGGAAUCUGCAGCAGCCUACGAUCUGAAAAGGCAAUUAAAGCAGCAAACAUCGUAUUCAGAAAAAAGGCGAGCAAUAGAGAAUGAUUCCAAGCUAGCUUUUGGCCGAAGUUUUUCGCCCGCACUAGGAAAUCAGAGACCCCCUUGUAAUAGGUGUGUAAAACUGCAUGGGGGAAAGUGUAAGAUGACAGGACCUACCUGCUUCCAGUGUGGUAAGACUAGUAAUUUUCAGAAGUAUUGUCCCAUGAACUUUGAGAAAGGAUCAAAGCCGUAA